CCUGCGCACCACACAGAACGCUAACAGUAGACCUAACAACUCACCACAAAGCACAGCCAGAGAGAGACCACGAGACACAGAGAGAGGAAGUACACAACUUAUUAUCGCCAAGCUUCAAGAGAAGACCAAAGAAGAAGAAAACACUGUGAAAGAUAAACAGCCCCAGACCCGGGUGGACCAUGCAGGCGUCCUGGCUGAUGGUGGUGUUGGCGGCGUGCGCGUGCUGCCCAGCGGCAAGGGCCCUGUGUUUGCAGAGCUCCUUCUGCAGUGAUCUCCGUACCAAGGACCGGCUCAUAGACUGCCUCAGCCUGUGUGCGUCCCGGAAGGCCUCCGCCUCCUCCUCCCCCCCCGAGAACGAGAACAGCCUGUUGCUGGACCGGCUGCUGUCGUCCCUGGGGGAUCCCCAGGACCACCCGCCGCUGGGGCCCAGCGCCAGGCGCCGCAGCGAGGACCGCCGCUCCUACGCCAUGGAGCACUUCCGCUGGGGGAAGCCGGCCAGGAGGAAACGCCGGCCCGUCAAGGUGCACGCCACGUCGGGGGAGGAGGUGGGUGGUGACGUCUCGGCCGAGAGGCCGCCGCCAGCGGGGGGCGUGGUGGUGGUGAGGGUCGGGGACGAGGAGGCCGGAGGGGGCAAGGAGGUGGUGCUGGACGUGCGGGAGCUGGAGGAGCAGCCGAUGCCGGGGGUGACGUUCAGUCCCGAGACCCUCUCGCAGGAGGUUAAAGACCCCGGGACGUACCGGAUGAGUCACUUCCGCUGGGGGAGCCCGCCCAAGCGCGGCGACGGACAGCUGACUCCGUGGGAGAUGAAGAAGCCCCUGUCCAGGUUCUUCGGGAGCACCUUCAAACGCAUGCAUUAGAAGGGGAGGGUGGGGUGUGUGCAUGUGUGUGUGUGUGGGGGGGGGGGGGGUGAUGAGAGGAAAGGAAAUGGUUGUAACCCCUGCACGUCUUGGAAUCUCAUCUUAUACUUGUGGUUUUAAAAUGUCUUGGAUCAGUCCAUUCGCAUGCUGUUCAGCUUAUUUUUUGAAGAAAAAAACACAUAAUAACCCCAAAAGUAAAAAAAAUUAAAUAUGCAUGGGUAAUUUAAAUAAAAUCCUCCAUAAUCAUCCACCUACUGCUCUGACCCUGAUGGCCUUGGCUCCCGCUCUCUCUGGAGAACAUUAUUGCAGGUGGGCGGCAAAGAACGUCAGUGAUUCAAAUUACGUAAGAAACCAGCCACUGAGCUCCAUUGUUCUUUGGACAGAGGCGGUUGACAGUUUGUUAUAAACAUUCAUCACCUACACACAAUGAUCAUACUCUAUAAUUGGGGCAAACAGGGACACUGAUUUGCUCGAUGAAUGUAGAGGAACCACAUGUAUUGUGAUUUUUCUACAUAAUUUAAAAGAGGGCUCCAACUACCCAUUACUAUACACGAUGAGAUAUCAAAGUAUGUCAAUGUAAAUAAGUUAAUAUUAUUCCUAUUUAGAGCAUAGGUUUAUGUCUGAAAGCAUGAAUUAAAAUAAAACUGCCUAUUCUC